GCCAUGAGGCAAGAAGUGAGCACAAGUGUACUCCACGGUGCCUUGUGAAAGCAGGGUCCUGGCUGCCAAAGCAGGGAUGGACGGCCUCUUCUCAGUAACUGCAUGCAAGACUGAAGAGCAAUAAAAUCUCAAGUUUGCUCUACAAAUACAAAUACUGAUCAUGUUUUUUCUAAAUGCUUUCCCAUGAGCUAGUAAGUUGAUUCCUAUAGUGUGGCUAGCAAGGCAUCAGUGGCUGGGAGCACCAGUAUUUGAACAUGGAUUUGUAGACUGAAGUUUAACCCUCGAUACAGAUCUUGGCUGGAUGAUGGUACACCACUAGCAUUUAUGUACCACCUUUAGAAAAGGCUUCUGCUUGCUCAAAAGGAACGAAAAGGGUACAGAGCAAGCAACCAGCACUGCCAUUGAGUGAAGGGGAACACUUUUUGUUGGAGCCAGUGAAAGAACAAAGGUGAAAAGUGAAAUGCAGUAUAACUGUGUUUGCAGUUAUAUAAUUAAAAACUGAAUUAUCUGAUUGAUGUUCAAAAUGAAGUAGAACUAAUAGUUUUUUGAGCAGAAUUAUUUUUCACGGGUUAUUAUGAAAUUCCUCACAGUACUUUCUAUUUCUUGAACCUUCCCUAGUACUGGUUUUGGGGAAGAUCAGGUGAGGACAGCAUUUGGCCUGGGAAUGCUCUUCAUGGGUGGGGAGGAACUACCAGCUCCACUGAAUGCUCGUCUGGGCCUCUUCUGCAGAACUUGAGAAGUGUAAAAAAUUGCAGAGCUGGUCCUAAAUAGAACAUGCUUUUAUGUCUAAGGAGCAAUACAUUUUCAAAGGCCAUGACAUAAAUUUAAGAGGCUUUCUCUCAUUAACUUCAAUUGUAUAGCAAUGCUUAUCCAUUAAAACGACAGGCCGUAUAAUUACUUCAUGAAAAAUGAAAAUGGAGUAGAAUCUGUGAUCUAUGGCAUAGUGACAAUGAGGCUGUUGUAAGCCAAUUGCAGGACAGCUAAGAACAAAUGCUCUGAAAUUAAACCCGUUAAUACAGUCAUACACAUCUCUAUUAUGUUCUGUAAGGAAGCAAAAUGCAUACGCCUGGCUUUAAUGUCAGUAUUUGUUGUUAAUGCUAGAAGAUAGCUUAGUACGUCAGCUUUGAACAUAAUGGCGGACGCCCCUAGUUAAAGGGCGAUAUGAAUCCUUUCUGCAACUGCAAGCAGAGACCUGCAUAGCGUGUCUGCCAGGAGACCUACUGCAAGGAAAUGGAAGGUACCCAAAAUCCACUGUGUGCAGCUGCCACUUACUGGCUGUAUUGGCCAUGCGUGCACAUAGGUGAAGGUGCUUGCACAAAUGCUGUACCACACAUUUUCAGCAGACGACAUUCUCCAGGUCUCCUCAGUGGUGUCACACGGGACAGCACGUCUGAGGCAGGCCAGGCACCAGCAGUCUCUCUGCAGUCUCUCACCAGCAUCUUCGACAGCGCUGGUAUACACUCGUACAGGUCUCCGCCUUGUUGCCCCUCCCAGGUGUGCUGGAGGACUUGUUAAUCUCUUGACAAUGUAGGAGAGAGGUUAAGCUCUCUUUGUCUCCGGAAAGCAAUGCUCUUCUCUGUGAUGUCUUUCAGUGAAAAGCCUUCCAGCGAUCAAGAUUUAAAAACUGUCAGCUAUUACACUCCUGUAUGAGUGCCUCCGAGAAGGGUGACCCUGCUUAAGAUUUUCACUCAGCCACGAAUGGCCGAAGCUGCAGGCUGGGACUCCGAGUGCCACACCACAAACACCCCUGAAUUCCUCCAUCAGCUUUGUAAUUCUUGCUUAUAUGAGUUGUGAGGGUCAGCUGUACGCCGUGUGAAUGUUGGCUAAAUAAACCAUCUAUGAAAUUCUCUUUUCCUGGCACGCUGUCGUUUUAAGGCUUUGUUGUUUGUUUGCUUGUUUUUCUCUUCGUGUUUUUGUUUUGCAACGCUUUCCUCUCCGUGCUCUUUAUUACUUACAACACCGAGUGACGUUUCCUUCUGCAGUCAGCAGAGGGAGAUACGUCCCUUACAUAAAACCUCAACAAAUUAGGCCGGGGCUUUUGCACGGAAUCGUGCUCAGUCCUUGCAAAUUCACAGGGCCCUGCACAGCUCAGUCUGUGGUAAUGUCUUCAUCAGGUGCCACCUUUACACCCGUGUAAUUGUGGGGUUUCCCCACCCAGCAUUGCAGAUCUCGCCUGAUGAUGUCACAGUCUGGGGGGUGACAGAUGGGAGCAGCUGAGGCCCCCUGGAGAAGCAGCUCUGUGUCUGCUAUGUGGCUCACACUGCUCUUGUUGGUACUCUCUCUCCCUUUUUAUGGUCACGAGCAGGAUCUGUCAAGGAGAAGUUUCCAGAAUUUGCAGGAGCAUUCAAAUUUCCUCUCCACUGAAGGAGAUGAAGAGGAAAAGAUUUCUGAGGAAGCAAAGAGACUAGAAUCCAGAUUUGGACCCCAGUAUCAUAACGCUGCCCUACAGAACUACAGUGAGGAACAGCCUUUGAAUGUGUCGGACAACACUGAUUUCAUUCAAGGGAGAACAGCUGAAAAAAACAGUAAAGAAGAUUUAAAAGAGACUGCAAUUCUUGCUGUGUCAUCUGUAGUUCUUGCCAUCUACCUAAUAUUUCUGGUUUGUUUUUGUGUGGCUUUUAGAAAAUGCAGAAUGCAAAAAUGGAAUACUUGUCGUACCUUUGGACGCUCAUCUGAACAGCAGAGAUCGGCAGAAGGUGGGAUGAAUGCAGAUGGCUCACACAGGAAAUGCUCAGACUCAGAAACUGUACCUCUUAUGCACUCAGUUGAUGAGCUAUUCACUGCUGUUGCAUCCAAUCGCAGUAGAACCUCUUUGUCUGAAGACUCAAAUUAAAAGUGAAAUUGAAUAUAAUCUUAGUGCCAGCCACCGACAAGCUUUAAGAGCUGGCUUAUGAGCAACUAUGAUUCUGGAAAUACUGCUUGUGAUUCACUGAGUGUGUAACUCAGUAUUUCCUGACAGCAUGGAAUAAACUUUAUGUUCUAAUAGGAGAUGUGGGCAGCUGAAACUGUCCUGACACGAAUUCAGCCACCAUCAGUGUCUCGUGAUGAACAGGGAUGGAGUGAUGCAAUCUCUAAAAAGUACUUAUUUUCUGAAUAAAUAUUUUCUGAGCUAAAAUUAAUGAACAGGAUUUUGGAAAAAGAAGUAUCCUUUCUUUGGAAAAGAUAGAAAAGUAUGUGUGCACUUGGAAUGUUUUUGCAUUAGCAGCCGUGUAUUCUGUUUCUAUGUAUACCAUAACAUGCAGGCUCAGACAACAGCGAGGCAGAUAUUCUUGUUAGAAAAAGAAGAUCUCUUGGCGUAUCUUUCUAAUAGAGUUUUUCUACUGUAUUUUUCUCUUUCUCCUCUCUUCUGCCAUAACAUCACACUUCGCCACCCCUACC